AUGCCUGGGGAAACCCUGGUUAGUGGUAACAUUGACACCUAUAGUAAGUGGCCUGAAAUCCACGUGAUGGAGGCUAACACUACCACAAGAUCAACUAUUGAGAAACUUCAGGAUACCUUUGUCAUUUUGGGUCUUUCUGAAAUUAUUUUAUCAGAUAAUGGUCCACAAUUUACAGCUCAACAAUUUGGAGAGUAUUGUACUUCUAGAGGAAUCAAAAAUAUCACCACACCGCCAUAUGAUCCGAAAUCUAAUGGUGAAGCGGAGAGAUUGGUGGGAAUUUUCAAGACAUAUAUGAAGAAGGCACAUCUGAAGACAAUCAAAGAUUUACACAACAGGUUGAGAGACUUUCUUGCCUUAUAUUGUUCCACCCCUCAUACAAUAACAAGUCAAACCCCCUCUGAGUUACUAAUGAACAGACGGAUACGUACCUUGUUGGAUUUAUUGAAACCCGGCCAAGGAAUUAUUACCAUCAACCAACAAUGGCAGAAAGAAUGCUAUGAUACUCACACAAAAGUACGUCAAUUUUCAGUGGAAGAUCCUGGAUGA